GUGGCCGGUGUCAGCUUAGAAAAAAUGACUGAAACUGUCGAAUAUUCGAUGAGUAAAGUUGAGAUUACCGAUGAGACUGCUCCUAGGGUCGAUAAUGGGCCAUCGGAAGAAUACCACGUUAAGUGGGGCUUUGAUUUAGAUGAUUUAUACAAACUGGCAGUCAGUUUCUACAAAGAGAAAGAAGGCAAAGCCAUGCACUUGUCCUACAAAGAUAAACUCAAAUUAGUGGCGUACACCAAACAAGUCACGCAUGGAAAAUACACACCAGAUGUCUCUCCUGAUGUUGGCUUCUUGGAUGUGGUCGGAAAUGACCGGAGUCGUCCUGUUGACCCCAAUGUUUGGCAAGCUUGGCAGAGUUUAGGUGACAUGUCAGCACUCAGUGCGAUGGAGGAGUUUGUGAAGACCUUAGAUACUCUUUGUCCACUCUUCAGACCGUAUAUCCUAGCUCAUAAAACAGAACAAGAGGAACAAGAGCGUAGAAGACAAGAAGAGGAGGAGAGGUUAAAGCGAGAGGCCGAGGAGAGGGAUCGAUUACGAUUAGAGGAGGAAGCUCAACGUAAACAGGAUGAGGAGAUGCAGAAAAGGUCCAAACAGGAAACAGAGAUUCGGGCCGCACUUAACCAACAAACUGCUUUACAGUUCCAACAAUAUGCGGAACAACAGCAUCCCAAAGACCAUGAAAAGCAAGAGCAGCUGAUCCAACAAUUACAAGAGCAGCACUUCCAGCAGUAUAUGCAACAAGUCUACCAGCAUCAGUUAUUACACCAACAACAUCAGUACCAGCAAUUACAAGCCAUGGCGUCAACGAAGGCCACGGACGGCCAGGUACAAACAGUCACAGCUGAAGAUGAUCAUACAAAGUUAGAAAAUAAUGUAGAUGGCGCUACAAAUGGCCAAGAUACAGAAACGGAUAAUGAUUCUGAUAUAAAAAAAGCUAACGGAAAUGAUGAGAAAACAAUUGACGCUAGCGUACCCGCUGUCAAAAUGCCCAAGAUUAUGCCCGCGUCAAUGUGGACAAGAAAAGACCUUGUAGAAUUCAAGGAUAAAUGUCGCAAGACCAACGACUCGUUAUUAAAAAUUUCGUCGUUGUCUUCGUCGACGGUUCGAGUGCCUACCCACGAAGACGGAACGUGCCUAUUUUGGGAGUUUGCUACUGAUAACUACGAUAUAGGUUUUGGUGUUUACUUCGAAUGGACGACAGACCCGACUAAGAUGGUCAGCGUCCAUGUGACAGAGUCAAGUGAUGAGGAGGAGUAUGAUGAAGAAGAAGCGAACAAACAAAAGGCUGACGAGACAAAACCGCCGGGAGCUGAAGGUGGAAAGGGAGACAUUGAAAAGGGCUCUAAGAAGGAUAACAAGCCACCAACGGAUGAAAUUAUACCAAUUUAUCGACGCGACUGCCAUGAGGAGGUGUACUGUGGAAGCCAUAUGUAUCCUGGACAAGGCGUCUACUUAUUGAAAUUUGAUAACUCUUACUCAUUAUGGCGAUCAAAAUACCUUUACUACCGAGUAUACUACACAAGGUGAACUACUGGAAUCUUUGCGUGUAUUAUAGUCUAAUUAAAUAAUCAAUAAUUAAUUGUUAUUAAUUGUUGAUGACGAUGAUUACUUAUUGAUUAUAUUCUAUAGUAUUUAAUUAAGAUCUGUGCAUUAAAAGAGACAUUUUUGUACAGGUUUGGGAAUGUACUCUAUGUGUACAUGGGUUGACAUGUAUAGGUACUGUUCAAUGCAGGCAGAUUUGAAAUGUCUGUACACGUUUUGAUGGAAGGUUUUUGUUUCGUAAAUUUUAUUUCAUGAAGCCGAAAGGCUAGACCUCUUUCACUUUGUAGGAUGUGUGUUGGGGGUAAAUUUUUUUGAAAAAAACACAUCCUGUUAUUGGGUAUAUCACACUUUUAAUGUUCACUUUCCUGUUCUUAGGGAGCGCAGUGUUAUCUGCCUAUUUAUAACACUCACGAUCGAAGAUGGCUAAAGUUGGCUCAAAGGCUAGUUCAGUAUUUGAAAUAUUCCAAUCAUGUGAAUACGCAUUGAAUAUAAAUCUUAACAGUGCUGUCAUGUACACUGUUUAACAACGCAGUACAUGCAAAAUUUCAUUGUAACUGCACUAUGGGAUGAUCGUUUUUAAAUUCUUCUGGGACACAUGUAAACAAUGUACACAAGUGAACUACGCCAUGAAGCCAUGGGGCCAUGAAGACGUUCAUCCAUCAGCCACAUGAUAUCAUGUUAUUUUGCUUACAUUUGAGUACUGGCAAAAAUAUAUAAGCGAGCCAAGAAGCAAAGAAGUUUAAGACUUAAACAGCCUUAGUUGAAUUCUUUAUUUUAGAAUCUUAUCUGGGUUAAGCUGGAUUAUUGUCCGUACUAUUAGUAGAAUUAUGACUAUUAUGAAAUAAAACGUUGAAACUUUCAUAUCAGACCUUGAUUUGAAUAUUCUAUUGGUUAAUGGUUUUCUGUUGAGAUGACCUUGAUUUACUGCAUUUUAGAUCAAUUUUCUGGUGCCAGAGAUGCUCAUUUUUUGCUCGCCUUAUAUAUAUUUGGUACAGGUAAUUGUUGUAGACUUGAUAAAAAGUGUUGUUAGGAGAAUCUUUAACUUGUCACUUAAUCUUUGAGGAGGGAGUAUGAUGUUGGGGAUAAGUGAUUGGGUGAACAGUAUUGACACCAAGGAACCUAGGAAAGUUUUCUUAAAGAACCGCUCUGAAUCAAAAUCCCACCUUGACUUGCUUUCAGUAAAGAGAACUGGUGUUGUGGCAGGCUUCUUGCUUUGCCUUCAGGUACAAGAUUUCAUGAAGACAUUUUAACUCUGGCUCUCGACUGUCAAAGUUGGGUUGGGAUUCAGACAGAUUAUUAGAGAAUUUGUGACUUAUUGCCCAGUCAUUGGUCACCUUAGUCUACUAGUCCUGCUGUUGGGUGUUUUUGGUGAACACUUGUAGCAAACUUAUCAUUAUACACGUAUAAUUAAUUAGAAAAUGGCUGGUUGUUCGAUUAGGCUACUCAAAUAAAGACCGUCCUUGCUGUCCUCAUAUACUUAUGUUGUCAUGUAUAAACAUCUGAAUGGGUUUGGCAGUUACCCAGAAGAUAAUGUAACAUAAAUGUCAGCUAUAAACUAACUAACAAAUGUUAUAAAAUGAUGCAUUCUCUCUUCUAUCGCUGUUGAGAAUGGAAAGGAAUUUCUCAAAAUAAGGAAUCUUUAUGACAAAUCAUUUUAACAUCUGAUCAAUGAGAAUCUCAAACAACAGCUUUUCAUUUAUUUUCCGCGUCCUGAUUACAGUGGUCAAAGAUGUUGUCCUGAAAUGGGCACUUUCCAGUAUUUGUGCCAUGGUCCCAACAUUUAGGAAGAAGCGGUAUUCUGAAUGGUGUUUAUUCUUCAUGUUCUUGAAUAAUAAGAAAGAAAUGAUGAUGUGUACGAGUUGAAAAUUUACCUAUUUAUUUCAUGUUAUGGUAUGUUGUGGCACUUCACCUGAUAAGGAAUAAGCGUCUAAUUUGUUUAAAGGAAAUUUUUUGGGGUGUUCAUUGACCUUAGCUGAAGGCAUUCAAGGUGAGGUCAAAGUCUAGAAGGUACUAAAGUUUUGUGCUGCAGGAUAUGACAUUAUGUCAUGUAAGACCUGGCGUAAAACUUGCUGGGUUCAAUCUGUUUAACUAUCAUUUAACUAACCUGCUUUAAAUCAAGUAAAACUGCAAAUUGAAUUUGAGAAGUGUGUUAAAAAGAAGAUAUUAGAUAUUAGACUUUAGGCCGUUAUGACUUUGGGCUGACUUGACUGGUAAGCUUACAUAUCUGUAUAGUCUAUCAUGAUAGAAUAGCUUCAUCAUUUAUUCCAUAUCAUAUUUUCAAGGAAUUUUCCCCUGUGACAUGGGUGGCAAAAUGCCAUCAAUGAAAUAAAUAUUCCUACUCGCCUAUGAUGGACAAAAUAACUUGCCAAUCUUUGGUGCCUCAAGCAAGGGGACAUGUCGGUAUGAUGAUCUUCACUCAAAAUGACUAUUGUAGACUUGCUCUUUGCUAUUAUGUAUUGUACAGAAAGAUGUGAAUAAAUGUGAACUAUUUAAAGAUAA